GCGUCCUCCUCCUCUCUCCCUCCGACACAUCCUCCGUCACGCUGGAACAGUUCACUUUGUGCGUGAUUUUUGCUCCCCCCUCCCCACUCCGCCGUGCCUUUCGCGGAGAGUUGAGUGGAUGGUAUUACCAGAGCCCCGCGUCCUCUCACCUCUGCGCUGCUCCGGAGCGGAGCGCUGGCCGGAGGACACGCGCAUCACGACAGAGAGCGGCGCGAGGAGCAGCAGGAGGAGGAGGAGGAGGAGGAAAGGGCUCUUACUUCUCGGAGGGGACGUCGCAGUUUAAAAACAAGAAAGGGGGAUAAAUAUGUAGACGAAGCAACAGCGGCUCUUGUUGACUUUUGAAGGAUUUUUUACAAAACUGCUGCGUUCAGGCGGAUGGUUGUGGGGUUUGUGGAGAGGAGCCGCUGCGUCUGCUGCAAGCCUCAGAUGAAGAUGAAGUCUGCGAGCGUCGUGGAUGGAGGCUUGUUCACAGAGAGCUAUUGUAACAUCUGCAAUGCCCAGCUCAUCUCCGAGUCCCAGCGCACCGCUCACUAUGAGAGUAAGAAGCAUGCCAACAAGGUGCGUCUGUUCUACAUGCUUCACCCUGAAGAUGGAGGACCUCCUUCCAAAAGACUAAGGCCAGACAACCCACAGGACUGUGCAGAGACAGAAGUAGACAGGAACAAGUGUUGUACCUUGUGUAACAUGUUCUUCACCUCCGCAAUUGUGGCCCAGUCUCACUACCAGGGAAAAACCCAUGCCAAGAGAGUCCGUCUGGUACUGGGGGAGCCACCCAACCUUCCCACAGCCAUGGCCAGCCCCACAAACACAGAUUCAUCUCCUUCCACGCCACUGUCCACAGACCCCACUGCGUGCCCCCCUCCUCCCCCUGCCCUUCCCUGGCCCACGGGAGUGGUCGGUGGAAAUGGCGGUAGAGAGGCGGGGAAGUAUUGCUGCCUGUGCGGAGCCUGGUUCAACAACCCGCUGAUGGCCCAGCAGCACUACGAGGGAAAGAAGCACCGCAGGAACGCAGCUAGGGCACGCCUCCUGGAGCAGCUAGCGGACAGUCUGGAUGCCACGGAGAGCACAGGGCUGCGCAGUAGUUACUCAUGCAGUGUCUGCAGUGUAGUCCUUAACUCCAUCGAGCAGUACCAUGCACACCUCCAGGGCUCCAAGCACCAGAACAACCUAAAGCAGCACCAGCAGUAAGCCCCUGAAACAGAGCACUCUGGGAAGAAGAAAAGAUGAAGACGGAGGUUAUUGUGAUAAACAGCCUGAAAAAAGAGGACUUGUCAGAAAGUAGUGCAGACUGAUUUCAGUGUGUGUGUCUGUGUGUGUGUGUGUGUAUAGACGGGGGUUACUGACAGCUAUGCACACAGGUAAAGUUUGAGUAAUUGAAAGUGUGUUAAUCUUCAAGAUUUGUUAAGCACCUUGUGUUUGAUACGUAUGACACCAACAACAGCCAGAGGACCUGUGGCUACUUAUUGUAACUCUUGUGUGAACCACAAUACUAAAAUUAAAAUGAUGUCAGCUCAUUGCCGAGAACGGUAAUAAUCAUUACAAUGAUCGUCAUAUAAUAGAAGUAAUAAAAACUGUAACUCUCAGUCCCCAAGUGCUCUGAUGGUGAUCCGAGUCUGUAUGUGGUCUUGGGUUUCUUUAUGUCUGUAAUAAGCUGUGAUACCGACGGUGAUACUAACAUGGCUCACUUUCAGACCACUUGAGACAUACUCAGGCCCAGAGUUUCAAAUCCAAGGAUAAGAAAACUUGCAGUGACCUCAGCCAUUACUGACUUUAUUAAUUUCCAUAACUCAAAAAGAAGGUAUUUUGGUUUAAGUUUAGUGUUAUUAAUCUGUGCAGUGGAUCGGUCUGUUUUUCAAAUUAAGUUAUUUUGAAACCCAUCUUCACAUAUUCCACGUAAUCAAGACCUGGAGAUUAAAGGGAAGAGAGCUGAAAGACUUUCAUACCUUUGCUCCAUGGAGGGUCUGUGCAUUUCUACUGUAAAAAACCUUUCCCACAGUACCGCUGAUGUCAGAGGCAGUCUGGAGGUCACAGAAGCUCUCUCAGAUGUAAACAAGAUUUAUUUAUUCCUCCGUUGCUUUGGCCAGAGAGAGAGA